CCACGGUGUCGGUCAGACUCGGUGAGGCUGUGCUCCAACAAGUACGGUGAGCGCAAUUCAGACGAACGUUUUAAACAGGUUAUAGACUGAGCCUGGCUGUAGACUGACCACGGAGAGGGGAGCUUUUAGAGGUGGUCGUCUGGUUCCUAUCACCGCCGCCAUGAGCAGCUCUGGCUCGCAGGAGCAGAGGCUUACUGUUUUGGGAAUGGAGGCGCACACUUCAGGGCGACCCAUCUCCAGGAAGAGGAGGAGAGAGGGAUCAAACGGAGAUGCAGAGGAAGGCGAGAGGGUGCUCAAGCUGAAACGCCACACUUUGGGUUUAAGCGAUCCAGCACCCUACGCAGACCAGCUCGAUUCACUGGAAGACAAGCCAUAUAAACGAGUCAGCAUGGACGAGGCUAAAAGAGGAACACCAUCUGACCGGCCGGUGAGGGUGUACGCUGACGGCAUCUUCGACAUGUUCCACUCAGGACACGCCCGCGCCCUCAUGCAGGCCAAAGGGCUCUUCCCAAACACGCACCUCAUCGUGGGCGUGUGCAGUGACGAGCUGACACACAAGCUGAAGGGCUUCACAGUGAUGAACGAGGAGGAGCGCUACGAUGCAGUUACACACUGCCGCUAUGUGGACGAGGUGGUCCGCAACGCUCCAUGGACCCUCACACCAGAGUUCCUCACUAAACACCGCAUUGACUUUGUAGCCCAUGAUGACAUCCCAUAUUCAUCUGCAGGGAGUGAUGAUGUUUAUAAGCACAUCAAGGAGGCUGGAAUGUUUGCUCCAACCCAGCGGACAGAGGGCAUCUCAACCUCUGACAUCAUCACACGCAUCGUCAGGGACUACGACGUGUACGUGAGGCGAAACCUCCAGCGUGGCUACACAGCCAAGGAGCUCAAUGUCAGCUUCAUUAACGAGAAGAAGUACCACCUGCAGGAGCACGUGGACAAGGUGAAGCAGAAGGUGCGGAACGUGGAGGAGAAGAGUAAGGAGUUUGUGCAGAAGGUGGAGGAGAAGAGCAUUGACCUCAUUCAGAAGUGGGAGGAGAAGUCCCGCGAGUUCAUCGGCAACUUCCUGCAGAUGUUCGGACCGGAGGGAGCGCUGAAACACAUGCUGAAGGAAGGGAAGGGGCGCAUGCUGCAAGCCAUCAGUCCCCACCAAAGUCCAUCCAGUAGCCCGACCCGCGAGCGCUCGCCUUCGCCCACCUUCCGCCUGCCUUUCUUCACCAAAACCUCGCCGCCCGCCUCACCUUUCUCCCAGCACAGCCACUCCGGCCCCCAGGCCAUCAGCGAGGAGGAGGAGGAGGAGGAUGACGACAACGAUGAUGACGAUCAUGAUGAAGACGAUGGACUUUAAGCCGCCGGCAACGAAACUGCAGAAACCCGAACAGACUUUGUGUACUAACAGCUCUCUGUCCCUCAAUGAGUGAGUGAAACCAAUACAAGGAGUACCGUGAGAGAAGCGCUCAGACCACACAGGGUCACAUACAGAGCCAUGUAACGGACGUACCAGGUGUGGGAGUGUUUAGGCGUGUCAGUAUUCAAGUUGUAGCGGUUAGCCUUUUAAUGGGUCAGGUUUGGGGGAAAGAUUCUGUUUUUACUUCACUAUGAUCAGUGUAUACAAUAUGGAUUUAUUUUUAGUUUUUUUUUAAACGGAAGCCUGCAAUCCAGUCCAGUUCCCAGCAACCUGUAUGAAGUUGGCCCUCCAUACAAUCAGAAACCCACCAUUUGUGCUAUUUUUAAAAUUAUGUGAAAAUAUAUAUUUAAAAUCAUUCUCACCAACGUCGGCGUCCAAAUCUAAUAAAACAGUCUCAUUUGUGCUGCCAAAAGAAACAUUUGUGCUAAUGUAUUUUUUCAGUGAAUUGAGCUUUCACACCUUUCACAGUGACCAAUGUUUAGGCUGACUCUAACCAGCCCGGGUUUAAAAUGCAGUUAUGGCCUCAGCUUUAAACAAGACAGCCCGUGGCUAAGCAGCCAACAUGAGACAUUUACCACACGUUUGGACGUCAGUUCAGCAGCCUUGCGCAUGAACUUCACUUGAGAUUUUAAUAAUGUGCGUAAAAUACAGCAACAGAUUUUUUAAAAUUGAUAAGCAUGAAUAAAUGAGGACAAAAAAAUGCAAAGCGCCACUGUAAUGAAGCACUGGAAACUACUUGAGUGCUAUUGCUCCCCCUUGUGGAGAAUCUUAAGCCUGCUAAACACGCGUGAGUCAGCCCGGCAGUCACAUGAAGUUCUUUGCAUCUAAAAAGUUAGAUAAAUUGACUAAAGAGCUUCCUCAGAUCUUUUCUACAGCUGUCCAUUUUAGCCUGAGACAAUUGCCUGGAUGCAAUCACUUAACAAUAAUAAUAAUAAUAAUAAUAAAUGAAAUAUAUGAAACAUUGAAAAGAAAAAUAGGAACAACAAAAAUGUAGCACAUCACUGGUUUAAAAGACUAGUUGGACUAAUAGCAGUUAUAGCCAGAGAAAUGAAAUGGCUGAAAGCACAGCUGGUUCCUUUGUCAGCACAGAUCAGGCUAUUUUGGUUGUUAAUGGCCUGUAGGUGACGUCACUUUUUGGAAAAUUGCUUAUUAUUUCUUUCUAGGACAUUAACCAGCGCUACUGUGGCACAAAUGAACAGUUUACAUAGAAUAAAUCUACUCAAUUACAGCAUGUAGGCUACAGCGUAUGCCAUGAAACCCAGCGUCCUCAACAAACAACAGCUGGACAUGCAAGACAAUGAAUUCCAUUCAUUUAGGUUACAAGCUUCUUGCUUGUAUUUUUCCGUUCCACCUUAAAUGGUGCAGCAGUUACAUUCUUGUGUCCAGUUUAUUUCCAUUAAACUUAGUCUAAAAAGGGUCUCAUUAAAAAUGAGUCUUUGAUUUUAACUUUUUUAGGCCUAUUUAAUCGGUUUCUUUAUUUUCCGUAAAAAAUCCGCCUUUUUUCCCGAUUUCUGUGCAAGUCAGCACAGAUUAAGAAAGACUAGCUUUUGUCCUUUUGUCAGUACAUCACAGCCACUCCACCAAUUUUGAUGUUAUUUUUCUCAUUCUCCCAUCUGUUUUCCUCUAUUUCUUUUAUACGUUCACUCCUUUUCUGAUUGCAUGAGGCGCCGACUUCACCCAGGUGUGUGGAAGCCAAUGUGGUCCAGCUGGGGGUCCGUAAGGUCCUUGAUCUCACUGUAAAUCCAUAAAUCAGUGUUUGUGUCCUUUUUGACAAAAGCAGGAUUGCUGGAUCUGAUCAGAUGUGACGACCUGUCCACAUUUUCUACUUCAGAGUCGGUACUGUUGGGUCAGCGUUACUGGAUUACAGAGGCACUAAAAUAAGGCUACUUGUCCAGCUGGGGGAGCUUGAAGCAGGCUGCUGGUUUUGCACAUUAAGGGUUAAGCACUUCUGGGCCUCCGCUCUUUUUAACUGUGUGUGAUCGGUUGUUUCUUCCCAUCUUUUAUUAAAGCGAGUAUUGAUUCACUUUGGGUUUUAAAAAUGAUAAAGGCUAUUUAGUUUAUUUAUUUAUUUAACGCCCUAUCCUAGACUUUAUUUCACUGCGCAUUUUCCACAUUUCCCUGAUUUGUGAUCACUAAUUCCCAGUUUAAGACUAUCUUGGACGUGAAGUCGUUUUAAACUGAGAUUUUAAUUGUUUUUCUUGAGUUAAAGUUUGGUAAAGACGGCCUUGGGAGACUGUUUAGAGGUCGAACGUCCUGAUACGUGUGGGACGAUUUUGAUUUCACCGUGUUUUAAACGUGUUCGUGCACAAAUGUAUCACGUCUCACCGUAAAGCACUUGAAUGGAUGGGUUUGGCACAGGUCAGCUGUCACAUACGGACAUUUGCUUUUAGCACUCUCACCCAGUUCAGUAGGAGGCAGGAUGUGUAAAGUGAUUCUUGUGCUUCUGCCCACUUCUGUUUGCACAAGCCGAGUCUAGAAGCUGGAUUUUCUCAAAGGUCUUUGCCCUCCUUCUCCUAUUCUGACAAAAAGACCAAUAAACAAUCUUAAGUUACAAUGA